CAAACAGUCCCCUGAGUAUGGGGAGAGUAGGAGGCGGAGGGCAAAAGGAAAUCAAGUUUAUUUUGGCUUUAGCUUUUUUUGGCUUGGUGAUUAUCAUGGUGACAUCUUAACUUUGCGAUCCUAGAGGGGCCUGGCAGUCAGCACGCUGUGUGAGACCAGAGCAGGGUGAAGUCUGGGUACGGAGCUGGCAUGGCCGCUCUGCUCCUGGGCUUGGAAGAUCUCCUCUAUAGCUGGGACAAUCUGGUGUGGAAUCUGACUCUGCAGGCCCGGAGGACGUGUCGAUUUGGAAACCCACGGGUCUUGUGGCUGAUGCUGAAGCCAUGGUGCCUCUCCAGGACCGUGUACCAGAUGACGGAGGGCCGCCGAUGUCAGGUCCAUCUCCUUGAUGACAGGAAGCUGGAACUCCUCGUACAGCCCAAGCUUUUGGCCAAGGAGCUUCUCGACCUGGUGGCGUCUCACUUCAACCUGAAGGAAAAGGAGUACUUUGGAAUAGCAUUCACAGAUGAGACUGGCCACUUGAACUGGCUUCAGCUAGACCGCAGAGUGCUGGAACACGACUUCCCCAAGAAGUCAGGACCUGUAGUUUUGUACUUCUGUGUCAGGUUCUACAUUGAAAGCAUUUCAUACCUAAAGGAUAAUGCCACCAUCGAAUUGUUCUUCCUGAAUGCCAAGUCUUGCAUCUAUAAGGAACUCAUUGAAGUUGACAGUGAAGUGGUGUUUGAAUUAGCUUCUUAUAUAUUGCAGGAGGCGAAAGGAGAUUUUGCGAGCAAUGAAAUCGUGAGGAGCGACUUAAAGAAGCUGCCAGCGCUCCCCACCCAGGCCUUGAAGGAGCACCCUUCCCUGGCUUACUGCGAGGACCGAGUGAUAGAGCACUACAAGAAGCUCAAUGGCCAGACCCGAGGCCAAGCGAUCGUUAACUACAUGAGCAUUGUAGAGUCUCUCCCGACCUAUGGCGUCCAUUACUAUGCAGUGAAGGACAAGCAAGGAAUUCCUUGGUGGUUAGGACUCAGCUACAAAGGCAUCUUCCAGUACGACUACCAUGACAAAGUGAAACCACGCAAGAUCUUCCAAUGGAGGCAGCUGGAGAACCUGUACUUCCGAGAGAAGAAGUUUUCGGUGGAAGUCCAUGACCCACGCAGGGCUUCUGUCACCAGGAGGACAUUUGGGCACAGUGGCAUUGCAGUGCAUACGUGGUAUGCGUGUCCGGCAUUAAUCAAGUCCAUCUGGGCUAUGGCCAUUAGCCAACACCAGUUCUACCUGGACAGAAAGCAGAGUAAGUCCAAAAUUCAUGCUGCAAGAAGUCUGAGCGAGAUCGCAAUUGACCUGACGGAAACCGGAACGCUUAAGACUUCCAAGCUAGCCAACAUGGGAAGCAAAGGAAAAAUAAUCAGCGGCAGCAGUGGGAGCCUUCUCUCCUCAGGUAGUCAGAGGUCCGAUACCUCUCAAUCUGCCAAGAAAGACAUGCUGGCUGCGCUGAGAUCCCGGCAGGAAGCCCUGGAGGAGACGCUACGCCAGCGCUUGGAGGAGCUGAAGAAACUUUGUCUCCGAGAAGCGGAGCUCACUGGAAAACUGCCAAGAGAAUAUCCCUUGGAUCCUGGGGAGGAAGCUCCCAUUGUUCGACGAAGAAUAGGGACCGCUUUCAAAUUGGACGAACAGAAAAUACUGCCCAAAGGAGAGGAGGCCGAGCUGGAGCGCCUGGAGCGGGAGUUUGCUAUUCAGUCGCAGAUCACCGAGGCCGCCCGCCGGCUGGCCAGUGACCCCAACGUCAGCAAGAAGCUGAAGAAGCAGAGGAAGACCUCUCAUCUGAAUGCCGUGAAGAAGCUGCAGGAGAUCGAAAACGCCAUCAACGAGAAUCGCGUCAAGUCCGGGAAAAAACCGACGCAGAGGGCCUCCUUGAUCAUAGACGAUGGAAACAUCGCCAGUGAAGACAGCUCCCUCUCGGAUGCCCUUGUCCUUGAGGAUGAGGACUCUCAGGUUAUUACCAGCACAAUUUCCCCUUUACAGUCCCCUCACAAGGGGCUCCCUCCUCGGCCGCCCUCCCACAACAGGCCCCCGCCUCCACAGUCCCUGGAGGGCCUCCGGCAGAUGCACUACCACCGGAACGACUAUGACAAGUCGCCCAUCAAGCCCAAAAUGUGGAGCGAGUCCUCCUUGGACGAACCUUACGAGAAGGUCAAGAAGCGUUCCUCGCACAGUCAUUCCAGUAGCCACCGCCGGCUCCCGAGCGGAGGGAGCUGUGCCGAAGCCGGGGGGAGCAACUCCCUGCAGAGCAGUCCCAUCCGCAGCCUCCCUCACUGGACCUCCCAGUCCAGCAUGCCCUCCACGCCGGAUCUGCGGGUACGCAGCCCCCACUACGUCCAUUCCACCAGGUCUGUGGACAUCAGCCCCACGCGACUGCACAGCUUAGCCAUGCACUUUAGACACAGGAGCUCCAGCUUGGAAUCGCAGCAGGGCAAACUCCUGGGGUCCGAGAACGACACGGGGAGCCCCGACUUUUACACCCCGAGGACUCGUAGCAGCAACGGCUCCGACCCCAUGGACGACUGCUCUUCCUGCACCAGUCACUCCAGCUCGGAGCACUACUACCCGGCCCAGAUGAACCCCAACUACUCCACGCUGGCCGAGGACUCCCCGUCCAAGGCCCGGGAGCGGCAGCGGCACAAGUCAGCCGGGAACCUGGUCUCCUCCAACUCGGGGAGCAUGCCUAACCUGGCGGCCCGCAACGGGCCGGGUCACCCCGGGGUCUACCUGCACAGCCAGAGCCAGCCCUGCUCCCAGUACCGCAUCAAGGAGUACCCGCUGUACAUCGAGGGCAGCGCCACUCCCGUGGUGGUGCGCAGCCUGGAGAGCGACCAAGAGGGCCACUACAGCGUCAAGGCCCAGUUCAAGACCUCCAACUCGUACACGGCCGGGGGCAUGUUCAAGGACAGCUGGCACGGGGACGAGGGCGACUCGGCCCGCCUGACGCCGUCCCGCUCCCAGAUCAUACGGACUCCGUCUCUCGGCCGGGAGGGCCGGGCUGACCGGGGCGCGGGCCGGGCCGGCGUUUCGGACGAGCUGCGGCUGUGGUACCAGCGGUCCAGCGCCUCCCAGCGGGAGCACGGCCGCCUGUCGCACACCAGCUCGGCCUCGUCGGACAGCGGUUCCCAGUGCAGCGCGGCCGCCGCCCAGAGCGCCUUCGUGGCGCACAGCAGGGUGACCAGGAGGCCUCAGAUGUGCAAAGCCACGUCAGCCUUACCUCCCAGCCAGCGGAGCUCCACCCCUUCCAGCGAGAUCGGAGCUACGCCCCCAAGCAGCCCGCACCACCUCUUGACCUGGCAGGCCGGAGAAGCAACAGAAAGCUCACCCACUAUGGAUGAGUCUGAGUCUCCAACUCACCAAAGUACUGAUGAAUAG